UUUUUUUUUGGAUUAUAAAUUUAAAUAUGUAUAGUUUUGUUCACUUAUUGGAAAAUUGUGUAGAAUGAUAUAUUUUCCAAUUUUUUAAGAGGGUGUCGUUUUGGUUUUUUACGAUGAUUUCACCCUAUUCGUGGAUCGUGCCCCAAAUGAUUUUAGCCGUAAGGAACUAUGAGGUUAAACCUUGUGUGAGGAACUAUUCACAACUACUUUUUUGAAUAGUUCCUCAUACUUUAAUUUUUUUUUGGGUAAGGAAUGGGCGAAAGUAAUUUACUUCUAUAUCACAAUAGUUAAUUUAAUUAUGCUAAUACGUGGUUUAAGUCAUUGGAUCAAUAUACAUUUGAACAAUGCAUGUGUGUGAGAUCUAACAGUUGGAACCGACUAUGCAUACAAUAGGGUUGAUUUAUCUCCCAAUAAUGUUACACUUAGGAUUAGGACUUGAAAAAACUAUAUGCAAAUAGGUGUAGUGAUGAAUUCCCAAUCCGACAGCUCUAUCACCCUCUUUUUAACUUUAGGCUACAAAUCACGCGCGAACACGCAAUAUCUUGAUCCUCGACCCCUUUUAAAAUUAUUAAAGCUUAACCCAAAAGAAAAUUAGAACCACAAGACAAAGUCCUCUUUAAACAGAUCCCCUUUUCUACGCAACACCACUAAACUCCAUCAUCCCAUGAUCCGAAAUUUCUACCCCCAAAAGGGCUUUUCCGUAAUUUCCGCCACUACCCACGAAAAUCUCUUACUUUUCCCGGUAACUUUUUUCCUUUUUCUUUUUAAUGUUGUCAAUUUCAAGAUCGAUUUUUUGAAUCGUUUGUUCUUCAUCUUUUUUAUUUCUCAUCUCUUUCACAUUUAAUAAUUUUGUGUAGGAGUUCAGAGGGUUCAAUCGGUAUGAAGGGACUUAGCAAUGGAGUGAUGGAUAGAAAAGUCCCACCCAUUAAUACCAAUAGUCAUAACAAGAAUAAUAGUAAUAAAAUUACUAAUUACAGCACGAAUAAUAAUGUUAAUAAUAAUCACCACAAUAACCACAACCACCGUGUUGCCGGAGGCGGUGGUUCCGGGUCGCCGGAGGCGGUCUCCGCCAUCUGGCCGCCGAAGUUUGUGAUUGCACUGACAAAUAAGGAGAAGGAAGAGGAUUUUAUGGCGAUUAAAGGAUCCAAGCUGCCUCAAAGACCUAAGAAGAGGGCCAAAUUCAUUCAGCGUACCCUCAAUCUGGUGAGUCCAGGUGCGUGGCUAUGUGACCUAACACUUGAACGCUAUGAGGUCCGAGAGAAGAAAGUUUCCAAGAAGAGACCAAGAGGGCUUAAGGCUAUGGGAAACAUGGACUCAGAUUCGGAGUAGGAGGAAUAUUAAGACACCGGAAAAAUGUGUAAUUGAAGAGGACAAUUUGGCUGGAAAUUUCGAGUUCAAAUCGGUUUUGGUUUUGGCUCCUCUCUUGCAGUCUUAUGUUGGCAAAAUAAUGUCAAUUGAAGGGAGAAUUGUGGUUGAAAAUCUGGACAUAUCCCGACACGAGGCGUUUUUUUUUUCAAUUUGCAUAAUUUAUUUAGAAUUGUUUUUAUAAAUUAUUACAUGAAAAUUUUCGGAGGUGUAUACUGGUAGAUACUUGUUAAUUUCUAGGACAUCUCGGUAAAACUGUUUAAAUUGAUAUCCUUCAAUUUACAAAUUUGGUAUUUUAGUUUGUUUAUUUUGAAUACUUGCGUUCGAGAUUUGUCGUGUACUAUUUGUUACUCCAAAUUAAGAUAUAU